AUGAUGUUCCUCCAGCUGCUUUUGCUGCUCUCCGCCAUAGCAACCAACUGUGCAAGUGCAGCCGCUACCGCUUCCUUGCCAAACCAUAAUGGUGACGAGGGAGCUCUUGUGGCUUUCAAGGCCAAGAUCUCCGGCCACUCAGGCGUGCUGGACUCGUGGAACCAGAGCACCAGCUACUGCAUCUGGGAGGGCGUCACCUGCGGCAGGAGGCACCCGUGGAGGGUGGUAGCCCUGAACCUCAGUUCCCAGGGGCUCGCCGGCACCAUCUCCCCCGCCAUCGGCAACCUCACCUUCCUGCGCUUGCUCAACCUGAGCUACAACAGCCUUCACGGUGAGAUCCCUGCCAGCAUCGGCUCCCUCUGGCGCCUUCAACGCCUUUACCUGGUCCAAAACACGCUCACUGGUGUCAUCCCAAGUAACAUCAGCCGCUGCAUCAGCCUCCGUGAGAUCCGCAUCCAACACAACAAAGGCCUGCAGGGAAGCAUCCCAGCCGAGAUUGGCAACAUGCCAUCGCUCUCAGUUCUACAGCUGUCAAACAACAACAUCAGCGGAACUAUCCCGUCUUCUCUUACGAACCUUUCCCGGCUGACCAUGCUAUCCUUGGCAGACAACUAUCUUGAGGGAUCGAUCCCUGCAGGCAUCGGGAACAAUCCGUAUCUCGGUUUCCUUCGGCUCACCCUUAAUAAUCUCUCCGGUCGGCUCCCUCCUUCCCUAUUCAACCUGUCAUCUCUUUAUAUCUUUUAUGCGGCUUUCAACCAGCUCCAUGGCCAUCUACCAUCUGACCUGGGGAAAAACCUUCCGAGCAUCCAACAGUUUGGGAUUGCAGGAAACCGAUUUACUGGAGCUCUUCCGCCAUCGCUAACCAACCUCUCCAGGCUCCAGCUUCUUGACUUGGGAACUAAUAAUUUUACUGGAGUUGUUCCUGCUGAAUUGGGCAGAUUGCAACAACUUGAAGUGUUUGCUCUGGAAGAUAACAUGUUAGAGGCAAACAACGAGGAAGAGUGGGAAUUUAUUGGUUCUUUGGCGAAUUGUAGCAGAUUACAGCACCUGUCCAUUGGAUGGAACAAGUUUUCAGGGAAGCUGCUGCCGGGUUCUUUGGCUAAUUUGUCCACUAAUCUCCAGUGGCUACAGAUUUCAAGCAACAACAUAUCCGGUGUCAUCCCAUCAGAUAUUGGAAAUUUGGCAGGUCUUGAGGUGCUUGAUUUUGGUGAAAACUUACUCACUGGGGUCAUUCCUGAAAGCAUCGGGAAGCUUACACGAUUGCAGGUGCUAGGCCUCAAUUCAAACAACCUCUCAAGACAUCUACUAUCCUCCAUCGGGAACCUGUCUAGUCUACUUCAGCUUUAUGCAGGCGGCAAUAGCUUGGAGGGGCCAAUUCCACCAACCAUUGGAAACUUGAGCAAACUUUUAGCCCUAGGUCUGUCAUAUAACAACCUUACUGGCUUGAUUCCUAACCAAAUUAUGGAGCUGCCAUCGAUCACAAUGUUUCUGGAUCUGUCCAACAACAUGCUUGAGGGACCACUUCCGUUAGAAGUUGGUAGUUUGGUACAUCUUGAACAGCUCUUCCUAUCAGGAAACAAACUGUCAGGUGAGAUACCUGAUACUAUUGGCAACUGCAGGGUCAUGGAAAUCCUCUCAAUGGAUGGCAACUCCUUCCAAGGAAAUAUACCUGCUACGUUCAAGAACAUGGCAGGCUUGACUGUACUUAAUUUGACGGACAACAAACUAGAUGGAAGCAUCCCUGGUAACCUGGCUACCCUUACCAACCUACAGGAGUUGUAUCUUGGCCACAACAAUUUAUCCGGAACAAUCCCAGAGCUUUUAGGAAAUUCAACAUCGCUGCUUCGUCUAGAUUUGUCCUACAACAGUUUGCAAGGUGAAGUACCAAAAGGAGGAGUUUUCAAAAAUUUGACUGGACUAUCAAUUGUUGGUAACAAUGCAUUAAAGUCCAAGACAGCACCGAAGAAAGAUCUACCACCACAAUUUGCAGAGGCAGAGCUUCCAAUAGUUCCGUACAAUGAUAUACUGAAAGGAACAGAUGGAUUUUCAGAAGCAAAUGUGCUUGGAAAGGGAAGAUAUGGUACAGUAUACAAGGGCACACUAGAAAAUCAAGCCAUUGUCAUCGCCGUAAAGGUGUUUAAUGUCCAGCAAUCAGGAUCCUACAAAAGCUUCCAGGCUGAAUGUGAGGCACUAAGAAGAGUGAGGCACCGAUGCCUUCUAAAGAUCAUUACAUGUUGUUCUAGCAUCAACCACCAGGGUCAAGACUUCAGAGCACUAGUCUUCGAGUUCAUAGCUAAUGGCAGCUUAGAUAGAUGGAUCCACUCAAAUUUAGAAGGCCAAAAUGGACUAGGAGCACUCAGCCUGUCACAGAGGUUGGAUAUUGCUGUGGAUAUUGUGGAUGCUUUGGACUAUCUUCACAACGGAGAUUUUGGCAUUGCUAGAGUUCUAGAUGAAGCACCAAGCAACCAUCCUGUGAAUUCCAGUAGCACCACAGGAAUAAGAGGUUCCAUUGGAUAUAUUGCUCCAGAAUAUGGAGAAGGGCUUGCGGUGUCAACUUCUGGAGAUGUGUUUAGUCUUGGCAUCACUUUGAUCGAGAUGUUCACAGGGAAGAGCCCGACCGAUGAUAUGUUUAAAGAUGGGAUAAGCUUGCAUUAUUAUGCCGAGGCAGCUCUUCCUGACAAGGUUAUGGAGAUAGCAGAUUCCAACAUCUGGCUGCAUGAUGGAGUAAACAAUGGCAAUGAUACAAGGCAUAUAACAAGAACUAGGGAAUGUUUGGUGGCCAUCAUUCAGCUUGGUGUCCUUUGUUCAAAACAAUUGCGCAGGGAGCGACUGUCAAUGAACGAUGCUGCUGCAGAGAUGCAUGCUAUCAGAGAUAAAUAUAUUUUUACUCAAUAA